AUGAAGAUUUUAGUGUUAGCUUCUGCUUUGGCAGUAUGUCUUGCUCGCCCUGAGCCUCCGUCAGGGUACAGUUACCCAGCUCCCCCAUCUCCACCGCUAGGUCUCUAUGGUACCCCUGGUGUGGGUUCCUUGGGCGGCGGUCACGGUCAUAGCCACGGAAGUUCCAUAAGCCUUUCUCAUGGUCAUGGGCACGGCUUCCAUGGGGGUUCCUCUCAUGGUUUCGGUGGUGGAUUAGGUUUCUCAGGCGCCUCUUUGGCUACUUCCGGGGCUGGAUCUUCCUUCCAUACUGGAGGAUCAAGCUUCUCCACCGUAGGAUCCAGUCUUAAUGUUGCCGACGGUUCUGGAUUCGGAGGCGGCUCUGGAUUCGGAGGCGGCUCUGGGUUCGGAGGCGGCGCUGGAUUUGGAGGUGGUGCUGGUUUUGGAGGCGGUGCAGGUUUUGGAGGCGGUGCAGGAUUCGGCGGCGGUUCCACCACUGUACAAAAACACAUCUACGUACAUGUACCGCCACCAGAGCAGGAAGAAUUCCGUCCACAAAGACCUCUUGAACUAGCUCCACCACAAAAACACUACAAAAUCAUAUUUAUCAAGGCUCCUUCCCCACCAACUCCAACCGCUCCGGUAAUCCCACUCCAACAACAAAACGAAGAAAAGACUCUUGUAUACGUUUUGGUCAAGAAACCAGAAGAACAACCAGACAUCCAUAUCCCAGCUCCGAUCCCGACUCAACCCAGCAAACCUGAAGUGUACUUCAUCAAAUACAAGGCCCAGAAAGAAGGUGGCGGAUUCAGCUCCGGAGGUAUUGGAGGAGGAUUGGCUGGAGGCUCCCUUGGAGGAGGCUCCCUUGGAGGAGUAUCUCUUGGAGGUGGUUCCUUGGACCUUGGAGGCCUCGGCGAUGGAGGUUCGUUGGGAUCUUCCCUUUCCCUUGGAGGUGGUAUUAGCCACGGCAGUUCCAUUUCCUCCAUCUCGGGAUCUUCCGGCUUGUCCACCAGCUACGGACCACCAGGACAUCACAAAUAG